UGUCGUCAAUCCAAGUGACUUGAUGUUGCCAAAUCACGUCCUCAUGUGUGGCUUUUUACGGGCUUUCAAACGUAGGCUGUUUUAACGGACAAACUGGAGCCACUCCCGAGUUUGUAAAUAAAUAUAAAACUUUUUAAUUUGGCAGUAUAAAUUAAAUUUCAAAAGCACUUACUUAAGUUAAGAAUGAAAUAUAUAAUGUAAUUUAUAUAUUAAUUUAUGUGGAAAGCAGACUACCCAAAAUGUGGCCAAUGUUGCUUGAUAUGACCGAAGAGGAGUCCAUGCAAAGCUUGAGGCAUUUGGAACUGGAAGCCUACGCUUCACUAGUUUCAGCUUUAAGGGCUCAGGGCUCCUUAAACCAAGACAAGAGAAAAAUAUUGAAAGAAACUAGUAUCAUACUGAAUAUAUCCAACGAUAGACACAAGGCCGAAGUGCGAAGAGCUAUUAGCGAUGAGAAACUCCAAACAAUAGCAUACCACUCUACUGGUCGUUUAGAGUCGUUUGAAGACUGGGCACAAGAGGGGCGCCGAUUGGUGCCCUUAUUGCCCAGAACGCCUCCUCAAACCUCCUACUCAGUUGUGGCAGAUGAUGCUUCCGAUGCAGCGGUUCUGAGCAACAAGCAACUGCCACUGCCAGCCCAUACCGAACGUAAACGGCCUCUGCCCCAAUCUGUUAAUGCUGUUAGCAAUUCUGCAGAAGCCAAUGGAAAGUCUGGGGCGUUUAGAGUCCCAGAUAUUCCAAAGGAUGACGUCAAAAGACGAAAAUGCCACAGUGUGGGCGAAACCAGCAGUUUAGCGCAACACUUAUUAGGACCAAAACUGACAAAAAUUCAGCAGCUAUAUCGACAAGCAUCAAAGCCAGCUAAACUCAAAUCUAAGGACACUGUUAGUGAUAUUGAAAACACUGAUCUGAACAAAUCAAAGUCUACUGGUCCAGAAUUGCAACCACCAGCUUCUCUGCGUGUCAAUUCACCUAAAAGUAACCUUCAGCAAUUUUCCAUAUCGUACUCCCGGCCGGAGUUAGCUACUAUCGAAGAGAAAACUGCAAAAGAAGUUAAACCAAUUUGUACUUUACCCCUGAACGAAACACAAGCGCCCGUGUUGAAAAGUCUAACUGUGAAACCGGAGCAGCAGCUUGAAUCCUCAAGGAAAAGUCCUGUGGUUGUGGAACAACUUGCCGAACCCGUCAGGCCUGCCAUACCUAAAAAGACCAUAAGCAUAGGCCAGAAAGUGAUUGUUGUUUCCAAUGCUCAAACAAUACCGACUAAUAGUAUUCUGCAGAAAACGCUAUCAGUUCCCAUGAACAAACUGACGAAAUUCAGCCUGGACAAGUUUAAAAUUCUGCCCAACAAUCAGUUGCCAGCACGACUAUCCACACCAGUCACCAAUCACCAUAUGGUUACUUCAAAGCCUAAAAUGGUAACAAUUAAGGGCACCGCCAACAAGAAGAUGAUCCCUUUAUCUCAGCUUCACAUACUCAAUCCCAAAACUAGUCUCAAAGUGAUUCCAUUUAGUGGAAAAAUUGAAGACAACGGUUCGCUGAACAAUUCCAUCAAGGAGUUGAAAUUAAAGCGACCUCCACCUAUUCCAGAUCAUGCUCUCUCUGAUUCUUUAGCAACUGGAAUUCAUGACGUUAACAAUGUGGAAAUAGUAAAGACUGAAACUUGCACGAAUGGCACAGCUGAAAACGGCGCUGCUUUAACUAUUGAUGAGCUUGAAGCCAAUAUGGAUGAUUUCAGGAUAUCUCGAUUAAAUUGUGAUGAUUUAGAGAAUAUAGAAACUCUUAGUUCGGAUAGCGGCGAGAUGGGCGAAAGGGACAGCAAUGGAGGAUCAAAUAUCGAAACAAUCGAAAUAGAUGACUGCGAAUUUCUGGAUACGGAACACAACGGUGAGAUAAUGCAGGAAUUCGAAGUUAUCCACACAGAGGAAAUUCUAGAAUAAGCAACAUUGAAAAACGCAAUACAAAUUCAAUAAGUUUAUGCCAUUGUCUUAAUAUUUUUAUAAAUUUGUAUAGCUUUGUAUUUAUUUUAAGAUCGUAGUUAGUAUUUAUAUGUACAUUCAUACCGGCAUCAUUUAAAUGGUCAUUAGUCCUCGAUGGAAAAUAAUAAUGGUAAUUGUAGAUAUCAAUUGUAAAUAUAAUAUAUGUUCGUA